CCCCAAAAUCCAAAAUCCAAAAUCCAAAAUCCAAAAUCCAAAAUCCAUCACCAAAGGUGCACCAACCCACACCAUAACAUAACCAAGUUCGAAAAUCCAGAGGCGCUACCUCUCUUCUGUUCCACAUAGUCUCUCUCCAUAAACGCUUCGACUCGGUCCGAUCUCUGACUCACUGGGUCAAACUCAGUCCUUGGCACCUUUGCGAAUCCAACUCCAAGCUGUAUAAUUUUGUCUAUGUAUCUACACAGCGUCGUUUUACGACGCCUGGGUUUCAAAGUUCCAACUCCAAUUUAGCUACGCUUCGUCAACUCCAACUACGUUCCUGUAUCUCUUUCUCCCAAAGCUCCAAAUUCUUGGCCAAAUAGUCGCGGAUGAUAAGUGUUGGGCUUUCUGAAAGGGUAGAAUAGCGCUAUGGCUUGUUAGGGUUUUCUUGUUUGUUAAUUUGGGAUUUUCCUAAAUCCUCACUGUUAGGUUGAGGAGACGAUUGCAAGUUUUUAGGUUUUGGAGGUUAAGUCUUGUCAUGUAUAUUUAGUAUUUUUCCUUUUGAUGUUCUUAACUCUGGGUUGGCUGGCGUAAAAAUUGGGGGUUCGCUUCGCCUGUACCUGUAUAGAAAGCUGGUGAGAAGGAAAAAAAAAGCAGAGAGAAAUGUUUUAUUCUCAGUUUAUAUUGGCCAAGAAAGGUCCUCUUGGAACGAUAUGGAUAGCGGCACAUUUGGAGCGCAAGCUUCGCAAGAAUCAGGUCGCCGACACCGAUAUUGGCGUCUCCGUAGAUUCUAUUCUUUUUCCUGAAGUUCCGAUUGCUCUCCGGUUGUCCAGCCAUCUUCUGCUUGGUGUGGUGAGGAUAUAUUCUAGAAAGGUGAAUUACCUGUUUGAUGAUUGUAGCGAGGCUUUGCUUAAGAUAAAGCAAGCUUUUCGCUCCACUGCAGUCGAUUUACCUCCAGAAGAAUCUACUGCUCCAUAUCAUUCCAUAACCUUGCCUGAGACUUUUGAUCUUGAUGAUUUUGAGCUACCAGAUAAUGAAAAUUUUCAGGGUAACUAUGUUGACCAUCAUGUCAGUACAAGGGAGCAAAUAACUCUCCAAGAUACAAUGGAGGGUGUGGUUUACUCAACAUCUCAAUUUGGAUUGGAUGAGCGGUUUGGUGAUGGCGAUACUUCUCAAAUUGGUUUGGAAUUUGAUGAGGACCUGUUUUUUGGCAAGGUUUCAGCUCAAGGGAAUGAUGGAAUUUCAGAUGGUGAUCCUCAGACAUUGGGCCAAUCAGUAACACCUUUGGAAAAGCAUGAUAUGUAUGAGGGGAUACCUGAAACCUCAGAAACCAUGCAAAUGAAUGGGAUUGAAAGCCAGAAUGAAGUCCUGGCUGCAAAUACUGAUUUUGUCACAUAUGCUCAGGCUCCAUCAACUCCUGGACUAUUUGAAGAGCCAAAUCUGUUUGCUGUUCAGGAACCUAUGGCCUGCAAUGAUCAGUUCGAUUUUGAAGACCAUAAUUUAUCAAACUUAGCAUCCAUGGGCAACUCAGAAAAUGCUGGUAGUAUGUCAGGUCCACGUUGUGGGGAUGAUAGUACCAAGGAGAAUGGCUAUCAUUUGGGCGAUAUAGAGAUCAAACAAGCAAGGCCACAGGAGCAUGACCAAAUUAAACCUUUUUCUGCAGUAUUGGAAUGUUCAAAGGGGACAGUUGGUGCAUUGGAUGGCCGAAACAGGGUGGAAGAUAUACAUAAUGGUAUUGUGAUAAACAAUGAACCACUUAUGCCCUGCCUAGAUCAAAAGGAUGACCAACAUGUAGAACCUGCUGGAGUUAGGUUGGAUGAAACUGAUGCAUCUCCUAGCUGCUCCCAGGUCACAUCUGAGUUGGACGACCCUUCUCGUAAGAUUUGUUCAAGUAGUAACUUUCCGAGAGUAUCAGAGGAUUAUUUGGAGGAUCAACAGACAUAUUUAAAGCCUGAAAUACAGAAUGAUGUUGAAAUUGCUAAUAAUAUGGGAGAAUCAUGCACACCUAUCAUUACAGAUCCUUUGAAGCCUGUUACGUAUGAAGACACAGCAGCUGCUGAAGUGCCUGUGCUCCGGGCAUGCAGCUCCCUCCCAAGUCAUCAUGAUAUACCAUCUCCUACCGAUAAAAUUUCGGAAGUCCCUUGCAACUUACCAUCUGAGGUUGUAGGGCCAAGUUCAUUGGACAAUGCAACAUCUUUGGAGACUCAAUUGGAGAACUUGGAUAGAUCUGCCACUUCGAACUUGCCUGCACCUGAAAAGUUGCUCUCUGUACCAGAGGGGUUCACUUCUAAACCAAGUGAUUUUAUAGUAGAAACCACGCCUGAAAAAGAAGUCAUAGUUGGGGAUGCCGGUGAUGGUGAUGGGAUUAAAUUCAUAUCAGGGAAAAAACGUAGUUCCACAGAAAGUACAAUGACAGUGCAGAGUUUAAAUUCAGUUGAAUCAUUUGGGGUGGCCCGAGAAGAGAGAACUGCAGAAUCUAUCCCUGAUGAUGAUGAUUUAUUGUCUUCUAUUUUAGUUGGAAGAAGGUCUUCAGUUCUAAAAAUGAAACCCACUCCGCCUGCACUUGAAAUAAUGUGCACAAAACGCUCAAGAACUGCUGUCCGUGGUACCUCUUCAAAGAGGAAAGUGCUAAUGGAUGAUACAAUGGUUUUGCAUGGCGAUCAAAUACGCCAGCAGUUGACAAAUACUGAAGACAUACGUCGUGUGCGAAAAAAGGCUCCUUGUACUUGCCCAGAAAUUUCAAUGAUUCAGCGACAAUUUUUGGAAGAUGCAAUUUUCACUGAACCCAUAUUUACUGGCAUGUCGGCGGAACUGAUGUAUCUGCACACUGAAGCAUUUGAUCUGAGCACAACCCGGGUUUCUGAAAAUGAUCAAAACAAUGCUUCUAUGGAGCCAUUGAAGGAUGUAGCAUCCUCUCUGGAAUCAAAUGCUACUAAAGAAAUUGAACCCCUUCGAAGCACUGAACCUUUAAUAGUGAGAGAUGACACAGCAGCACAGCCUGCUGACAUUGAGAACGAAAACCAGAAGGAAGAUCAUAACCUAAAGUCUCACCAUACUGAUGCUGAAGAACAAAGGAUCAGUGACUUGGAAGAACUUAAUACUUCCAAACAUGAACACUUGGGAGAGAUAGCUGAAAUGGAAAUUGACAAAGAAAAUUUUGAAGUUGCUGAUCCUGUUUUAGAAGAUAUUUACAAGGUGUCAGCUGAUGUUAACGUCCAGUCAAGGCUUGUGGAUAAAACUGAGGACGAAAAUGCGUCACUGCAGAUCAAUGCAUUAUGCGGGUCACUGGACAAUAAGUUGGACGCCCAACCCAUGGAGGUGGACGCAUUGAUAGUGGAGUCAAGUAUCCAGAAAGAAGUUGAUGCCAUUGAAGUUGUUGACCGCAGUGUCGAAAUCAGAGCGGAUGUUCAGAUAGGUGCAUCUGAACUUAUUGACAGUGUAGAUGUUACGCUUGCAACUGGGGAAUGCAAAAACCUUAGUUUUUCAACUGAUCAAUCUGUGGGAGAAAUUGAAAACAGCGAGCAACAUCCUGUGAAUGAAACUGAGGUCCUGGAGGCAAACUUGCAUUGUGAUGACAACCCAAACUCUUAUUGUAUUCAUGGUGAAGACAACGAGAAUGCUUCCUGGAAUGGUAAGGAAAAUCUAGGUUGCCGGGAGGUUGGUCCACAUAGCGGUAUUGAUGCAGAAGUCACUGCAGACCCCCCUCCAGAAGAUCGUGGUGAUUAUGAAGAUGUAGCUUUCGGAGAUGAUACAGAAUUUUUGAAUGUAGAUGAUGAUGAAAUAGCUGAAGAUGUCGAUGAAAUGCCAUGCGCUGGAGAUACUCGUCUUCUUGAGAAUAGUGGAUGGUCUUCCCGCACCAGGGCUGUUGCCAAGUAUCUCCAGACUUUACUUUAUAAGGAACCUGUGCAUGGGAAAAAGGUUCUUGGGAUGGACAGUUUAUUAAAUGGUAAAACUCGAAAGGAAGCAUCAAGGAUGUUUUUUGAAACAUUGGUGCUUAAGACAAGGGAUUACAUCCAUGUGGAACAGGCAAAGCCUUUUGACAACGUCUACAUAGGACCUCAAGUAAAACUCAUGAAAUCAGAGUUCUAAUAUCUUACAUAGGAAAGGCAGAUAUUGUUGAAAAGGCUUUACAAUUUAGUUUGUCUGAUGCUCGAUUGAAAAUUGGGAAUAUUCUUUUCCUUCACUAGGUAUUUUCUCACAAGAAUCUUUUUUGUUCUUAAAAUAUUGGUUCCUUCCCUUAGGCUAGGAUUUAAGCUCGCGUUAGGUUGUGCAGUUGGUAGUUUAUCGUCGUGGGGUGGGGGGUGAUUGAGGAGGGACACUUCUUGUUUAUUGUAGCGACAAAGUUGUAAUGUGGAUCAUAUCAGUAUGAUGUAUAUAUUUCUGUAGUCUAGUAUCAUUUGUAAUCGAAGGUGAUAGUAUUUCCUUGUU